AAAUCAAAUCCCAUCUUUUCUUGUCAUUUUCUAAGGAAAUGCCCUUCACUUACCUUAAAGUGCCUCAUAAAUUUAGGGCAUAGGUAGAUGACAAAAACCCUUGAUGAAUUAAGGGGGCCCCUUUAUAAGAGCAAGAUGAAGGUCCCCUAUUUUUUUGGUAUUUUGUUUAAGGCAUUGUAAAAAUUUUAAAUCAAGUGGUAAAGUUUUUUGGGUUUUUCUUAGAGAAUCUAUCUCACCCACCAAAAAUUAAAAAAAAAAAAAAAAAAAGUAUGCACAAAAGAUGUUUGAUGGAAUGCCUGAACAGUUCUACCAAUUUUUAGCAGCUGCUGCUACUACAACAUCUAUACCAACAUCUUCUUCUAAUAUUCUUACUAAUACUACUAAUAAUACUAAUACUGCGGCUGCUGCUGCAGCCGCACUUUCUAUUCCUUUAUCAUUCUCUCUUCACCACCACCAACACCAACACCGUCAUGCGGCCGGUUUUCCUACAUAUACACAACAACCACCACCACCACCUCCGCCGGCCCCUCAGCCGACAUUCGAUGUUCCUUAUGGCCACCUUCUACAUCACCACCACCAUCAUCACUCGCAGUUUCUUACAAGGAAUGAAGUUGUUAAAGAUGAAACACUCCAACUUGACCCUACUAGGUUAGAAGAUGGCGGCGAAACACAAAGAUCUUCAUCAUCAUCAUCCUUAAUGUUAUUGCCUGAACUUCCAUGGUCUAAUGAUGAAAUGCUUGCUCUCUUCAGAAUCAGAUCUAGUAUGGAUAAUACUUGGUUUCCUGACUUCAUCUGGGAAAAUGUCUCAAGAAAGUUAUCAGAGAUUGGAUUCAAAAGAAGUGCUGAGAAAUGCAAAGAGAAAUUUGAGGAAGAAACUAGAAGUUUCAACAGCAGCAUUAUUUCUAAUAAUACUUGCAACAAUAAUAAUAAUAAUAAUAAUAAUAAUAAUAAUAUUCCGAGCAACAACAAUUAUAGGCUCUUUGGUGAGCUUGAAGAGCUUUGUAACAAUAAUAACACUAACAACAUUAAUGUUGAUCACGACAACGACGGCGAUGAUCAUCAGAAGGGCUCUCUUCCUGAUCAAUGUGAACGUGAUCAUCAUAACCUUGAGACUUGUUUGUCUCAAGGGGAUGUUUGUGUUGAUGAUGGAAAGGAGGAAGAGGAGGAGGAAGACGACGAAAGGCAGAAGAUUGAAGAUGAUGAAAUAAGAGAAGAUAAUGACAAGAGUAAUGAUAAUGAUGAGGUGGUGGAAGAUGAGCAGCAGCAGUCAGUAGACGAUAGCGAGAAGACGGAGGAAAGUACAAAGAGAGUGAUGAAGAAGAGGAAAAGACAGAAGAAAUUUGAGAUGUUUAAAGGGUUUUGUGAGAAGAUUGUGAGUAAGAUGAUGGCACAACAAGAGGAGCUUCAUUGUAAGAUAAUUCGCGAUAUGGUUAAGAGAGAUGAGGAGAAGAUUGCUAAGGAAGAAGCUUGGAAAAGGCAAGAGUUUGAGAGGUUAGAGAAGGAGUUAGAUGCUAGGGCACACGAGCAGGCGGUUUCCGGUGACCGCCAUACCAAGAUCCUUGGCUUCUUGAACAAGUUUAGUACUUCAUCAUCAAGUUUUUUGGAAACUCAAUCUUUUAAAGAGGCACUUGAGAAGCUUAAUAAGGUACCAAAAAUGACUUCGUCCAAUUCCUCUAUUUUAACUCAAGACUCUAUUUGUGUGCAAUUACAACCCAAUUCAUCUUGUACUACUCAUACUCCUUUGGUGAAUAACAUCCCUAGUUCUUCAUCAAAUGAGAAUCUUGCUCUAGACAACUCGAAAUCGACACUUCCCUUGAAAUCAUCCUCCUUGGAUCAUCAAAACCCUAAUAAUCCUCUUCCUAGUCAUCAGAAUGAGCCUUUGAAAAUCCCUUCUUUAGUUUCCUCUCGUAAAUUCUCCAGCUCUGAACAUACCAGCACUAAUGCAGCGGACCACAUUACAAACACUAAGGCCUUAGAGAACAUCAAGAGUGGUAAUAAGGAUGACACCGGUAGAAGAUGGCCAAGAGAUGAAGUGCUAGCAUUGAUCAACAUAAGGUGCAGCCUUUUCAACAACAAUGGCGGUGAGACUCCCCAUGAUACAGAAACCUCCUCUAAGGGUCCUCUAUGGGAAAGGAUUUCGCAAAAGAUGACCGAGUUAGGGUACAAAAGAAGUGCUAAGAGAUGCAAAGAAAAAUGGGAGAACAUAAACAAGUACUUCAGGAAAACUAAGGACUUGAACAAGAAAAGGUCCGUUGACUCUAGAACUUGUCCUUACUACCACCAGCUUAGUCAUUUAUACAGUCAAGGAUCACUAGUGGGCCCCGCGAACCACCCCGGCUCACCGGAAAAUCGGUCCAUGGCAAUGUCAGGGCAGUCUCAAGGUAACGGGUCAAGUAAUCCUCCAGCAAAUAAUGGUGCAACUAAUAGUAUGCAAGGUAAUGAGGCCAAUGUGGUCCAAGUACCAGGGUUUGAUUUUGAAUUUUGAUAUUUGAAAUAGCAGUUUAAAUUUGUAUGUGUGUGCUGCUAUAUAAUUUUGUACCUUAUGUUAUAUGAUGAACAUUUACUAGCUAUAUAGAUAUGGCUAGCUGGCUAUAUGGUAGUAGUAAGAUUUAAUUAAA